AUGUUUGCGCUGCUCGCCGUAGGGGCGAUUCUCGCAGCCAGCUCUGCUGUCAAUGUUGGCGGCAAGGGCAAGACCGCGCUGCUCAUCGUGGAUGUGCAGGAUUGCUUCUUGCCCAAUGGUUCCCUGGGAGUCAGCGGCUCUGACAGGAUUCUGGAGAAGAUCCAGCAAAUCUACGACGACAAAGGAUGUCUCUUCGACUUGGUUGUGAGGUCCCAGGACUUUCAUCCGCCAGGACACAUCUCCUUCGCAAGCGUCCAUGGUCUCCCUCCCUUUGCCGACGUGUCCUUAGGAAAGGGUGAGUUGCCCAUCACGUGUGUGGAGGCCACGGACGGGAACAUCCAGGAUGCUUCUUGCUGCCCCAGCUACUUCCUGAACCCCUCGGAGUUCAACUGCUCAGAGGUUCUGUGCCCAGGAGACGGCAACAACUUCAUGUACAACGCCAGCGACAGCAUCAUCACAGGGAAUCCGGCAUGCACCAUCUGCAAUGCAACUCCAGAGCAAUGCUUCAAGACAACACAGCGGAUGUGGACGGAUCACUGUGAGUUUGAUGGGGACAGCGCCCUGGAGUUGGACAUACCAUCGGAGAUCGUCCAGAAAGGAAACACCAAGUUCGUGGACGCCUACAGUGCCUUUGCGGACAACACCAACAACUUGCAGACGCCCCUGGAUGACAUACUCCAGGGGAAGGGGAUCGAGACGCUUUUCAUCGUCGGCAUCGCCACGGAUGUCGUUGUGGACUACACGGUCCGCGAUGCCGUCACGCGCGGAUACAAGGUCGUAGUGGUCGGCGAUGCGACAGCUGGCAUCUCUCCCCAAACGGAGGCCGCUGCGUUGGAGGCGUUUGUGGCACUCGACGGCGUGCAGGUGGUGAACACCACGGACGUCAUGGAUUUUCCAUGCAGCAAGAAAUGGUUAUCAUGGAAACCGUUCCGGCGCUUUUUCCCGCGCUUUCGCCGGAAGGGUUAUUAUGGGCAGAGCCAGGGAACGAUGGCUGCCGUUGGCACGGACGCCGAGCCGACACGCCAUGAGUCGGAAAGCGAUGCUGUGCACUUCAUGCAGGAAGUCAAGGGCGGCCAGGACCUGUAG